AUGUCCACACAUGAUACGAUUAUGUUACGAGACCUUCGUCCUCCAUUGGAUCUCUUGGAUCCUGAGAGUUUGUGGACCUUCGAUUCGUAUGGACCUACGAUUCGUAUCCCUGAAUAUGCAGGGUCCAUCACGUGA